CUUUGAGAGCAGCGCAAACAGCAGUGACCGUGGGGACAGAGACUCACAGUGUUUGGAGCAGAGACCACAGUAAAGAACAGAGGAGCGUCCGUACAUUUCUUCAAAGGAUGGAACGCCCGCUGGCGCUGAUUCUUCUGUUUCCAUUCCUAUAUUUCCCCACCGCUGCAUCAGACAAUGUGUGUCUCAGGCCUGAGCUGGCUGACAACAUUGAGAAGGAUGGACUCCAAAGGUACUUCAGCCCCGGUGUGGAGUUAACGCUGUCCUGUAAACAGGGAUACAGCCCGGAGCUUGGCCCUCGGAAGAUUGUCUGCGGUAUCAGUGGAGAAUGGACGAAAACCAGAUUAAUGUGCUCACCCAAACGCUGUCCCUAUCCUGACUCUCUGUCUAAUGGAGAAUCGUACUACGAGGAUAUUAUGUUCCAGAGUACCAUUAACUAUACGUGUAACGAAGGGUACACCUUGACUGGAAACCGUUCUGCAACGUGUCUUUCCAACGGAGAAUGGAGCACACCAGUGCCACAGUGCAAGCCUGUGACUUGUGGUCUCGCACCGAUCCCACAGUUUGGGAAGAUCAUUUAUGACAAGAGGAUCAGAGGGAACACCACUUAUUACGGCUUGAAAGGGACGUACACGUGUCUGCCGCCGUACGUGCUGUUUGGCAGCGCGAGAGGAGAGUGCACUGUCAGCGGCGAAUGGACCAAAGCACCUGAAUGCCGAGUGGUGACCUGCCCUGCACCCGAGAACAUUGACAUGGGCUUUCUGUCAAGCAACGAAGAGAGAGACUACGACUACAAGGAAACGGUCAGAUAUGGCUGCAAUGAAGACUACGUACUCGAUGGAAACUUCCAGAUUGUUUGUAAUCAAGAUGGAAAUUGGUCUAAAAAGCCAUCCUGCAAAGCUCCUUGCCGUGUCGGUUUAGAGAGAGCAAGGAUAUUAUACAAAGAAAAGAAAAUCUGGAUUGAAGACCUAAAUCCUAACCGAGUUUUACACAAUGAGAUUAUCUCAUUCUACUGUAUGGACAUGGACAGGCAAUGUGGUUAUGCAGUGUCAACCCAGUGCAUCGAAGGAAAACUCAAAAUCCCUGAAUGCUUUGAGCAGCCCAGCGCCAUUCAUUAUAAACUACAAUCAAGUUCACUUCCAUCAGAAAUGAAACAGUGCUGAAACAGUGCGAGCUCCCAUCUCAUCUCUGAUUAUUAUUAAACUACUUCCAUUUCGUUAUUCUUGUGUUUUUGUGCAGCCUGUUCAGGCUUUAAAUAAAAAGCCACAAACAGAUUUGCAGGCCUCUGAAUGUGAGAAAACACAGCUUUUUAUCCUUCAGUAUUCAGAAUUGUUAAAUUGUUAUUCCCCUUUAUCUUGCCUGGAGGCUGUCUCACCCAAGUAUAUCACAUCAUACCUAAAACUCUUACCAACACGUACCUCACAUUUGCUUAAUUGUUUUAGUACAGUGGUGGCAGCAAGCACUAUAUUGUAAGAUACUCUCAAAGGUUCCUUCACAACAAGUCUCUGGUCAAGAUGAUUUUCUACCUGCCAUUGUAAACUCACUUUGAAUUAACAUUUUCUGUAAUUAAAAAGAAAUAAUUUGACUAUACAAGGAAUGAAAUCAAAGUGCAUUAAAUGAGACAAUGGGA